UUGCAGAUCAGAAAAAGAAAUAAGGCAGGACAUUUAAAAAACAUUUCUCUGUUCAUGUUCAAUGUCUGAUCCAUUACAUGGCGCUUGUUUUCAUCAUUUAAAACAGUUUUUUAUUUUAUAUUUUUUAGUCUUUUCUGUGAAACUACAGCAGCGACACUGACGUUUUCAAGUCAUUAUCGGCGAACGAUCUGAAUUCCGCGAACCCGUGCAAAGUGCUCUAGCAUAUUCGACAAACCACAGAUCACAUAUCACAUCUGUCAGAAAAAAAAGUUCAUCAGCUCACAUACAUCUCUGUUUUAAAAGAUCAAAGACAGCACUUUUUUUAAUGGGCAAGUAGUUAAGGGGUUUUACAGUACGUCAGAAAUGUGGCAGUGUGUUUUCCUGCUACUACUUCCUUAAUACUCUGUGUUGAAGAGAGAGACAGAGGCGAUGGCAGCAUCGGAUUAGAGCACAAAGGUAUAUUUAGGAUUCAGAAAAACAAACUACAGCAAAGCACCGGCUAUUAGAGGAAUACAACAAGGUGUACUGCUGCAGGAAAUUGUGAAAACGCUGCUGAGACUCGUCAGUUGUCUCAGAAUUUAAAAUGUCUUCCAACAUUUACGAAGACCCAGAUUUGACUAUGGAUGUGAAAUACAGCAAAGGAGCCAGAGAGGACAGAGGAGAGAGAGUGGAGAGAGUAAUCGACAUCUACGAGAGUGUGGACACUUCCACAAACCGUCGUGUUCCGACACAGCGCGGCGGAGCACACACUCAAAAUCAUCCUCCAGCUGUGCAAAGAAACCCUUUCAGAGCGGCCGCGCUGGUUCUGGGUUUACUCUGCCUCCUGCUGGUAGCUGGAGUCAUUGUCCUGGCCAAUCUCUAUAUUUCAGUCACGUUGGAAAACAACCAGCUGCAGAACAGUACUAAGGAGCUGCAGACCAGUAAUAAGGAGCUGCAGACCAGUUAUAACAAGCUGAGCAACAGUUUCUGCCAGGAGACAAAAAACCAGACGCACGGAUGGAGGAGAUUCCAGUGCAGUUGUUACUACCAAUCUAUUGAGAUGAAAACCUGGACAGAGAGCAGGACGGACUGUCAGAACAGAGGAGCAGAUCUGGUGAUAAUAAACAGCAAAGACGAAAAUGAUUUUGUCAGUGAGCUGAAUAAAACUGAAACUUCCUGGAUCGGUCUGCAGUCAGUGUCAACAAAUGAUUGGUCAAAAGAGGAAUGGAAAUGGAAAUGGGUGGACGAAUCAACACUAUCAUAUAGGUCCUGGCUGACAGGCGUGAAUGUAAACCCCGUGAAGGAGUCCACAGCAUAUAUGGAUCGGGACGGAAAUUGGAACUAUUCCAAUAAUGGAUUGAAAAGAUGGAUUUGUGAGAAACAUAUUUAUAAGGUCUGAUAUGUAACUGUUAUGUAAUGGAUUUGAAUCUUGACACAUUUCUUUUUCUCUUAUCCAUUGGUACUUGUUGCCCUCCCUUAGAAAACUACAUAAUAAAGGCAAAUAUGACACAAU